CAAAAGGAAAAUUCCAGGACUUUCUUAUGAAAGGUUGAGCUCAAAAAUAUAAUAAGAUUUGACAUCAAUAUUGUAAAUAUUAAGCAAGUAUUAAAUUGAUAGUAAUUAAGGAAGACUGAUAACAACUGACUAAAAACUGAUCUGACUUUUUUGUGUCAUUACCAAUUUAUUUGAAGAUAAUUAGAAUUAGGCCAGGAGUUGAGGUGACUGAUUAUUAAGAUAAUAAGACAUUAUAUUUGGAAGAUGGCAAGUGUGUGCAUUUGUUUUUAUUGUGACCGGGAGGUUAAACCAAAGCAAAUUUCCAUUGAGUGUAUCACUUGUUGCUCAUGGGUCCAUAAGGGAUGCACGGGUUUGACUAAAAGUGAAUAUGAAAAAAUCUGUGCUGACUUUCGCAAAACUAAAUCGCAUAACUGGGAAUGUAAAGUAUGCAAAGAGACGGUGGUGAAAAGAUUAUCUUUGAAUUCUGCUUCAAAUAGCCGGAAAAAUUCGGUAUCAAAAGAAAGUGCUGACAAUGGAAAACAGGUGCCCAAUGCUGAUUUUUCAAGUCUACUGUGCAAUACUGUGGAUGCUGUAGAGAGUGAAACUGCAAUCAAGGAUGAAAUAAAUAAUUUAUUAAAGAAAAGUACCACUACCAAUAAAGAUGUACUAGUAGUUAUUGUUCACAUAAUUAACCUAUUGUUAAAUCAGAGGACUGAAGUGCAGGCAACAAUAGAUACAAUUAAAGCGUCUGUAAAAUCUAAUGAGGCGAAAGUUGAAACUUUAGAAAAGAAACUUGAAGGGUUACAAGAAAAAAUUGAAACCAUGUGUGGAAAUGGAAGUGAAGAGAUAAGAAAUCAAAGUGUAUCUAUUAUCAAAGAUGAGCAAGAUAUGUUCCUGGAAUUAGAAGAUAGAAGUAGUCGAUCUAAAAAUAUACUAAUCUAUAAUGUUGAUGAGAGCCAAUCUAAGGUUACUAAUGAGAGAAUAGAUCAUGACAAGGCAAAUAUUCGAGAAGUACUAACGAAACUGGAGGUUGGAGCAACUGAGUUUAAGGUUUUGAGGGUAGGACGUGGUAAUAGCAGUAGUGACAGGCCAAGACCACUUAAGGUAAUUUUUCAAAAUAAUACCACACAUAUUGAUUAAAUCAGAUCUUACUCAAAUGCAACGAAAUCAUCUCAAGAAAUUAUAUGAAGAACUUGAUAGGCGUAGAAGAAAUGGUGAAUCAAACUUGGCAAUACGAUACAAGAAUGGUAACCCGUUUAUUUCAAAGGUAAAAGAACAAAACCACCAGAAUCCAAAAAACUCCCAAAUGCGAACAUAAGUAUGAAUAGUCUAUCACUUUACUACCAAAAUGUGCGUGGUCUGCGUACGAAGCUAAAGGACAUAUAUUUGACAUCCUGUUCAGCAACAUAUGACGUUAUUUUCCUAACAGAGA